AAAAUGCCGGAAAACCGAUUAGACAUAUGUAGAGCGCAUGCGUAAUAUCAUCCAUAAUAAGAGAGUAUAUUCCAUAACAUAAAGAUGCAUUCUUUUUUUCACUUCAUGUAUAUCAAUAACGGUCUUUUGUAUGAAAUUUCUUUAUACAUUUUUCGAUAUUGAAAAAUAAAAUAUAGUAUUAACAAAUUAUAAUGAGUGUAGUAACACGUGAGACUCUCAAACUUCACAGAGUCAAUGCUGGAAUAAUUGUAUCUUGUAUUGUUGGAUUAUUUUUAUCAUAUUACGCUUACAUAGUGGAAACGUCAAAAGAACAAGAUCCUGAUUAUGAAGCUAUGUGUGAUAUUAGUGAAAAUAUAAGUUGUACAAAAGUUUUCAUGUCAGAAUAUGGUAAGGGAUUUGGAGUCAUAUCUCAAAAUUCAAUAUUUUACAUGCCCAAUAGCAUUUAUGGUUUAGGAUUUUAUGGUGUAAUUUUUUUCUUAAGUAUAUUUAACAAUUACGGUAUCACAUUUGGAGUGGUAAGUGUUGCAUGUCUAUCGAACAUUAGUAGCAUUUAUCUCGGUUGGAUCCUUUAUCUGCUUAAUGAUAUUUGUGUUGUUUGUAUUGGUACAUAUAUAGUCAAUGCCAUUCUUUUAAUUCUUAAUUAUCGUAAAUUGUGUAUUUUGUCAUUAAUUAAAUUGAAGAAAAAUUAAAUUUGAAUUCUAUAUAUUCAAAUGUUAUAUAAAAUUACAUAUUGUCAUUUCAAAAUAUGAUGUCACAGCACAUAAUGAGACAUUCCAAAUAUUAAAGUUUUUAUUGAAUAUUAUAUCAAUCAAAAGGGAUUUUUUUUUAAUCUCUGUAUGUAAUGAAAAUAUUUCUCAUUGUAAAAAGAAAAUUCGUUGAAAUUAUAGAUUUUUCUGAUGCUAUUUCGUACAUACAAUUUCUCAAUAUUGUCAAUUGUAAUGGGU